AUGUCGCAACUGCAGACACAUCCGCUUAGAAGCUACAUCAGCAAGAAUACUAUGUCAAGCAUUGGACAGUUGGCCGGCUGCAAAAUUAUAAUAACUCAGUCUCAAUUCACUCUUUAUACAACGUUGCUAACGAACGGACGUCGCCACAAGCUAUGCAUUAAUUGCCUUGGCAGGGGUCAUCUUGUAGCCAACUGCCCGUCGACGCGGAGGUGCCACUCAUGUGCACUACCGCAUCACUCGCUGCUUCAUCGGCCAUCGCCAGAAUCGGCCGCAUCUCCCUUGCCACUCCCUCAAGCGGAGCCUGUACAAGUUUCGGACGCAGUCGCGCAUACUCACACGGAGUCUCGUUCCGACUGUGUCAUUCUGGCCACGGCACUGAUUCUGGUCAAGGAUGCAUCUGGAAGCUACAAAAUAGGAAGAGCGCUUCUGGAUUCAUGUUCUCAGGUGAAUUUCAUAUCCGAGGAGUUUGCUCAAAGACUUCGACUGCCACGGAGCAAGCUCAACCUCGAGAUUCGUAGCAUUGGUGAGACACAAACGCGAAUUAAACACCAUGCAACCACCAAUAUCAAGUCGAGGCACAAUGGAUUCGAGUUGCUCCUUGAUUUUUGCGUGACAUCCCACAUUGCCUAUCAUCCAGAAUCGGAAAUUGACAUUUCUGCGUGGAACUUUCCGCAGCACUCAUCUCUUGCUGACGAGAGCUUUAACAAGUCUCGUCGGAUCGAUCUGCUUUUGGGGACGGAAACCUUCUUCGAUAUAUUGGCAGUCGGCCAAGUUAAAUUAGGAAAGGAUCUGCCCGUACUACAAAAAACACUACUUGGAUGGAUAGUGUCUGGUCGAUGUCGAGCUCAUCCCAGAACACUCCAUCAGUACUCAUCUAUCGCAUUAAAAGAAAUUGACCAAAAAAUGGAACGGCUAUGGCGCAUCGAUCAUGUGGAGCCUCCUGAGAUCACACUUACGCCAGAGCAGCGAAACUGUGAGGAGUUCUACACCAAAACGGUACGACGUAAUUCAGAUGGUCGAUUGGAAGUACGACUUCCAUUUAAAGAUGAACCUACCGUUCUCGGAGCCUCAUUCGACAUUGCCAAAAGGAGAUUCCUCUCCCUCGAACGCAGCCUAUGCAAAAGGCCUGAGGUAGGGGCCAAAUAUGUUGAAUUUAUGCAGGAGUUUCAAAAUCUGGGACACAUGAGUCCCGUGAGCCAUCCACAGUUAAACACUCCGCAUUAUUAUAUUCCGCACCACUGCGUGCUAAAGCCUAAUAGCACAUCAACAAAGCUCAGAGUGGUUUUCGACGCAUCCUGCAAGACGACGUCCCAGAAAUCGCUCAACGACAUUCUGAUGGUCGGGCCGACCAUUCAGCCAGAUCUUUAUACACUACUCCUGCGUUUUCGGAUACAUCGCUAUGCCAUCACUGCUGAUGUGGUCAAGAUGUUCCGCCAAGUCAACAUGUUUGCCGAGGAUCGCAGAUUCCAAUACAUUCUUUGGAGAGCGUCGCCAUCGCAACCAUUGAGCACCUUCGAAUUGAAUACUGUAACUUAUGGCACAGCGGCUGCACCGUAUCUAGCCAUACGCAGUUUGUCAUAUCUAGCCGACAAAUUCAUGGACAAAUUGGAGAUUGGAGCUAAAGCCAUCAAAUCGUCUUUCUAUGUGGAUGACUUCCUAGGUGGAGCGGAUACGGUAGAGGAGCUACAUCAAAUCAAAAGGGAAGUUACAGCGAUUCUACAGGAUGGCCAAUUAGAACUCGCAAAAUGGCAUUCAAAUCACUGCAAGUUUGUCGAUGACGCUACAGUCAAACAUUUGCAGUUGGACGACGAAAUGCUAACCAGCACGCUUGGCCUAAAAUGGGACCAAGUACGGGACACACUGUGUGGAGCACAUUUGUUAGCACAGCUCUACAAAAAAAUCAUUAGAAUCUUCGCUGACAGAAAGCCGACUUCGUUCUUAUGGUGCGAUUCUCAAAUUGUUCUACAUUGGAAUCGCCAACACUCGGCCACCUUAUCAACCUUUGUCGGCAAUCGAAUUGCCGAAAUUCAAGAACUCACGUCAGAUUGCCACUGGAAACAUGUUCCUACUCACUGCAACCCAGCUGAUAUCUUGUCCAGGGGCUGCACUAUCACCGAGUUGGAACAAUCGAUAUGGUUCGAGGGACCUGAGUUCCUAGGCCAAGAUCAUCAACAUUGGCCAAAGGACAGUCGAGACAACAGUGACAUUGAUAUGGAAACUGUCCAACUGGAGAAGAGAAAAUCAGCCUUUGCCGUACACACGACUAGUAAUCAACUACUUGAAGGAAUCUACAAGAUCAGUUCGCAUCAUCGCUGCCUACUAGUUAUCGCUUGGGUGUACAGAUUUACUCAGCGCUGCCGUAAACUAACGCCAUUCCAAUCACCUUCGCCGACGCCAGCAGAACUGAUGCGGGAGCUACAUUGCAUCGUCUGGAAUAUUCAAACUAUUCACUUCGCUCAAGAGAUGUCCUCGGUCCUGAAGGGCCAUCCGAUUCGCACUAACCUUAAAAAUCUUAGUCUCUUCCUCCAGGUUACAGAUGGCUUCCAAAUGCUAAAGGUCGGAGGGCGCCUGGAGCUAGCAGACUACCCAAAAACCCAAAAGCAUCCUGUGCUGCUCCCAGCUAAGGAUCCAUUUGUGUCACAGUUCGCUCGCCAUCUUCAUCUACAGAACUAUCACGCCGGGCCAUGGACGCUCGUCGCUUUAAUUAGAAAACAGUUCUGGAUAGUGAAUGCAAGGGACUUGGCGCGACAAGUCGUUCGCUCAUGUAUACAUUGUCGCCGCUAUCGACCAACUCUCGAAAGGCAGCUAAUGGGCCAACUGCCUAAAGAGCGGAUCACACCAUCUAGACCAUUUUCAAGAUGUGGAAUAGACUUUUGCGGACCAAUCAACGUCUAUUUGCGCAUCCGGGGUAAGCCGCCUACCAAGGCCUACCUAGCCGUCUUCGUUUGCUUUGCCACGAAGGCGAUACAUGUCGAAGUGGUAUCGGAUCUCACGACGGAUAGCUUCAUUGCAUCACUAAAGCGUUUUAUUGCCCGACGCGGACUUCCCUCGGACAUAUUCUGUGACAACGCUACAAAUUUCGUAGGAGCUAACAACAAGCUCGAAUCGUUGAAGCAGUUUCUGUUUAAAGACGAAACAACAAGAACAAUCCACUAUUUCUGUCGCUCAGAGUUCAUUAACUUCCACUUUAUUCCACCCAGGGCUCCACACUUCGGGGGCAUAUGGGAAGCUGCAGUAAAAAGUGUCAAGGGACUACUCAAUCGCACUCUUCGAGACACCAGGUUAACCUUCGAGGAGUUAGCCACUGCAGCUGCUGACGUCGAGGCGAUCCUGAACUCUCGCCCGUUAACGCCGCUCUCAUCAGACCCAAACGACCUGGCCGCUCUCACGCCUGGCCACUUCUUAGUGGGUGACGCACUCCGAGCACUACCGGAACUUCCACCAAUCGACGACAACCUGGACAAGUUGGAUCGAUGGAAAAGGGUCAGCGCACUCAAACAUCACAUCUGGAGUCGCUGGAGCCACGAGUACAUCAACGAGCUCCAAGUUCGCACAACCUGGACGAAGACUUCACCAAAUUUGGCUGUCAACGACAUGGUCAUCGUUCACGAGGAUAAUCUUCCCCCACAACGGUGGCUUCUUGGGCGCAUAGUCAGCACGAUUGCAGGAGCGGACAACAUCCGCGGAAUUACGUGGAACCUCACCAGACACCUCGAGGACAUGGACUACGCAGACGACAUCUGUCUCAUAUCGCACAGACUCGACGACAUACAGAGGAAAAGUGACGACCUCGUCAGGAUAGCCAGCAGCGUAGGGCUCGAGAUAAACAUAGCGAAAACAAAAGCUAUGCGCUUCAACCACUCCAGCCAAGGAAACAUCAACAUAAAUGGGAACCCAAUCGAGUUCAUUACCAGUUUUCCAUACCUUGGCACCAUCAUAUCCAACAGUGGUGGAGUGGAUGAUGAUGUCGUCUUGGCAAAGCCCGCUCAGCAUUUGGGAGAUUAUACCGCAUAUGGAGAGACCGACCAAUCAGCCGACGAACAAAGCUCAGGAUCUACAAUGCGUGUGUGA